UCUUCACGCUUCUCUCGCCAGUGUUUCUAAUUCAGCCAACCUCUCUCUCUCUCUCUCUCUCUGUAGUCAAACGAAGCCUAUUCUGCUGUUUUUUUUCUCACUCUCUUAUAAACCCUACCAAUAAAUAUGGCGUACGCCAUAUCGGGGAUUCGAUUUCCUUCGGUGCCAUCGCUGCACAAGCCGUCUCAUUCUGUCAACCAUGGUGAUCGGAGGAAUGUUUCCAAUCUGUCUUUCUUAUUGAAGAAGGAACCGCUCUCUUGGAAGAUCUUUGCUGGAAAGUCUUCUUAUGAUUCUGAUGUCUCAUCUUUAACGGUUCCUGGUGGCCAAACUGAUGGCGCCUCAAGCUCAACAGAUGAAAUUGAAGCACCAGGUGCACUUGUGGGAGAUUCUCAGGCUCUCCAUGAUGUAGAUAGUCCGACAAUGGAAGAUGUCCUGGUUGAAGAGGAAACCAACAAAAGUUCUAUGACCUCUUCAGUUGCAGAUGAUACUUUUGAAGCUCACAGUAAGGAUGCAUCCUUUCCUUCUCCUAAGGCAGUAAACAUUGAAGAAAAUGAAGCUAGACCAAGGUCUGUUCCGCCUCCUGGCACAGGACAGAAAAUAUACGAAAUAGAUCCGACUUUGAAUGAUCACCGUGGCCAUCUCGAUUAUCGUUAUGGACAGUACAAAAGAAUACGAUCGGAAAUUGACAAGUAUGAAGGUGGUUUGGAGGUGUUUUCUCGUGCCUAUGAGAAGUUUGGUUUCACGCGCAGUGCCACCGGAAUAACUUAUAGGGAGUGGGCACCUGGAGCUAAGUCAGCAUCACUGAUCGGAGAUUUUAACAAUUGGAAUCCAAAUGGAGAUGUGAUGAAAAGGAAUGAGUUUGGUGUUUGGGAGAUUUUUUUGCCGAACAAUGCUGAUGGUUCACCGGCAAUCCCCCAUGGUUCUAGGGUGAAGAUACGCAUGGAUACACCAUCUGGCAUCAAAGAUUCCAUUCCUGCUUGGAUUCAGUUCUCGGUACAGGCUCCAGGUGAAAUCCCAUACAAUGGCAUAUACUAUGAUCCUCCGGAAAAGGAAAAAUAUAUAUUUCAACAUCCUCAGCCAAAGAGACCAGAAUCUCUAAGGAUUUAUGAGGCUCACGUUGGAAUGAGUAGUACGGAGCCAAUGAUUAACUCAUAUGCCAACUUUAGAGAUGAUGUACUUCCUCGCAUUAAAAGGCUCGGCUACAAUGCUGUUCAGCUAAUGGCUAUCCAAGAGCACUCAUAUUAUGCCAGCUUUGGGUACCAUGUCACAAACUUUUUUGCCCCUAGCAGUCGAUGUGGAACCCCCGAUGAUCUCAAGUCUCUUAUAGAUAAAGCUCAUGAGCUAGGUCUGCUUGUUCUCAUGGAUAUUGUUCAUAGCCACGCGUCAAAUAAUGUCUUGGAUGGAUUGAACAUGUUUGACGGAACUGAUGGCCAUUACUUCCACUCUGGAUCACGAGGUUAUCAUUGGAUGUGGGAUUCACGCCUUUUCAACUAUGGAAACUGGGAAGUUUUAAGAUUUCUUCUGUCAAAUGCAAGAUGGUGGCUGGAUGAAUUUAAGUUUGAUGGUUUCAGAUUUGAUGGUGUUACUUCAAUGAUGUACUCUCAUCAUGGAUUGCAGGUAGCGUUUACUGGAAACUACAAUGAGUACUUCGGACUUGAGACUGAUGUCGAUGCACUGGUUUAUUUAAUGCUGGUUAACGAUAUGAUUCAUGGACUUUUCCCUGAAGCUGUUACCAUUGGUGAAGAUGUUAGUGGAAUGCCAACAUUUGGCAUUCCAGUUGAGGAUGGCGGUGUGGGAUUCGAUUACCGCCUACACAUGGCCGUAGCUGAUAAAUGGAUAGAACUUCUGCAGAAGAACGAUGAAAAUUGGAAAAUGGGGGAUAUUGUGUACACUCUUACCAACAGAAGGUGGUCGGAAAAGUGUGUUGCUUAUGCUGAGAGUCAUGACCAAGCUCUAGUUGGGGAUAAAACAAUUGCAUUCUGGUUGAUGGACAAGGAUAUGUACGACUUCAUGGCUCUGGAUAGACCAUCGACUCCUCGUAUAGAUCGUGGUAUAGCAUUACAUAAAAUGAUUAGGCUCAUUACCAUGGGAUUAGGUGGAGAAGGAUAUUUGAAUUUCAUGGGAAAUGAAUUUGGACAUCCUGAGUGGAUUGAUUUUCCUAGGGGUGAUCAACAUCUUCCUAAUGGCAAAGUAGUUCCUGGGAACAAUUCCAGCUUUGACAAAUGCCGACGUAGAUUUGAUCUCGGGGAUGCAGAUUAUCUAAGAUAUCGCGGGAUGCAAGAAUUUGAUCAGGCAAUGCAGCAUCUUGAGGAAACCUAUGGUUUUAUGACUUCUGAGCACCAAUAUAUAUCACGGAAGGAUGAAGGAGGUAGAAUUAUUGUCUUUGAAAGGGGGAAUCUGGUUUUUGUCUUCAACUUUCAUUGGACUAAUAGCUAUUCAGACUACCGAGUUGGCUGCUUAAAGCCAGGAAAGUACAAGAUUGUGUUGGAUUCAGAUGAUCCAUUAUUUGGAGGUUUCAAUAGGAUUGACCACGAUUCUGAGCAUUUCAGCCAUGAAGGGUUCUACGAUAGCAGGCCCAAUUCCAUCUUAGUCUAUGCACCAUGUAGAACAGCAGUUGUUUAUUCCCUGGAAGAGGAUGAUCCGGAACCUGUACAACUCUAAGCUACAGAUGCUCCUGGUGAAACAAUAAUGUGAAGGAUUCAGUACUGCUGCUCAAAGUAAAUUUUCAAGGUGACAUCUAAUAAUAAUGGCAGCAAUAUAGAAUCCUUGUAUAUUUGUUUUGCCGUAGUUUGUAGGCAAAACCCGUGACAAGACACUUGAGAGGAGAACGAGAAGGCAGAUCAUUUGCAUAGAAUUUCAUAUUCAUGCAGAUCAUAGGGAAAUUUUCGCCUUUGAAUGUGUCAAAAAGUCUCGUCUUCACGUCCUGUAAAUUAUAUGCUAAACUCAUGCAAUCUAAAUUAUGGGGUAGCUAAUGGAAACGUUUCUGGUGUACGGUACGUACCGCGGAAGUUAUGGUUAUUAUCAUAAUCAAACCUAGAGGGUUGGCCUGGACUCUGCACAUCAUAGUUGUGUAUAAUUUUUUUUUCCCUUCUCGUGUGUAGAUCUGUUUGCACUUUCUCAUGUAGGAUCAGUUUAUCAUGGACCUGGUUCUAUUCAAAUGGACGGCCAAUUUUACCUGUUUGGGAAAAUUUGAAUAAAGGUUUGCUCCAUUGGUAGACA